GGAUGAGGUACUAUAGUUGGAAUCUUGGAUGAUAGGCUCUCGGUCGCGUAUUGACUAUUCAGCUGAAGAUACGAUAGCUGGAAUUCUUCCAAUGCUCCCGGGAUCUAGCGAGAUAGCGAGGGUUUACAAUAGACCCUAUUUGAAGAUGGAGAGACGAAGCCAAAUUGAAGACGGAGUAACCAGAAGAAAGGAGGAAAGAGACGAGUUACAAUACAAGAGACGCCUACCGACCACCCUGGACUGUCCACCAUGUCACUCUCUCCUCAUACCACACCUUCAGGCAAUUUACUACUAGGUUUCCUACUGCCGUCCAUUCAUGCAGCACCACCGUUCUUCACACAGCAACCUAAUCCUGCCACUCAAGCGAUUGUCACAGAACAAUGGUCGAGAUUAAUCCUAUCCUACGCGCGACAUAGACAGCUAUUUACGGUAAGAGUGGAGGAUGCUGAGGUGACAGGAGGCGAGUGGGAUGAGAUCUUGCGAAAUGAUCGAAUAAACCGGAGACUGAGAUCAUCGCAUCUAGCAUAUAUACUAGAACAGAUGGCGGCGAAGAACCAGCUCGUCUAUGACCCACCGAAACAGUCACGAUCUGCUUUACUGUACUGGCGAACACCAGAAGAAUGGGCUGAAGUUCUGCAUGAAUGGGCAUCAACAACCGGGCAACUCAACACCAUCCUCACGUUUUACGAGAUUAUAGAACCACCAGUGCCGUCACCACUUUCUGGGAUUCCAAUGCAAAUACUCAGGAAAGCCAUUCAUAUCCUUACGAAGACGAACCGAGCGCAGAUUAUCGCAGUUGCAGAUGGCGAAGGUGUACGGUUCUUGCCAGGGAACGCAGGGAAAUGAAGCGGUUACGGAUUGUAUUUAUAGCAGAUACUGCAGCAUUGCACUCUCUAUGUAGGAAAGGUAAUACGUGGCAUGUACAACAUGAACUACCUUUUUAGGACCUAGUCAAAGUAAUUCUAAGCCGAUGACGAGGAUCCAAUAUUUUAACAGCAAACCACAAGGCCCUUGAGUAGUGCUAUCAAGCCCUGUUCUUUGCAGCAGCAACAAACAAGCUCCCAAUACUUGUUGCCACCGCACAACUGCCCACGAAAAUUUCCACGUUCCCGAAUCCAAACUUGCCAUACUUCCCGCCAAACGAGGACGACUUCCCUGCAUCGAGUAACACACCGGAAAGAAUGGGCCCGAUGACGGCAGCGAUACCUUUCACG